AUGUUUUUCUUCAUUGUUUUCUCUCUUCUUUUUGCUGGUCUUCAAGGUAAUCACAAGCCCUCUUUAACUUCCAAUUUUUAUUUCAUUUUAGCCAACUUCCUCGAAGAUAUCGGUCAAUUCUUCAAGCCCGCCGAUCUCGGUGACAAAGAAUUGGCCACUUUGGGGCUGAGCUUGUUUUCUGCUCAAUGGAAAGAGCAUGGCAAAGCGUUUUCCUCUGAUUUCCCUGCGACAAAAGUUGUGACCAAGUUUAUUGAUCAAAUCUCAGCGCCUUUGCAAUUCGCCAGCUUUGUGGUUUGUCCUCAAUGCAACUCGCAUGUCGCUGAUAUUCAAAAGGCCAUCAAGGAGAACGAGGAUAUCCCCAGAUGGCUCGUUGAGAUUGCGGUACGUAGAAGAUAAGAUGUUCUUACUAUUCAAUGAAGAAGUGUCGACAUCUCUUAACUAUACAAGUUUCCUUGUAGCUCCCAUUGACAGUCUGCCCAGCCUUCUACGCGGUCGACGCAAAGCUUGUCCCAAUUUGUUUCAUCGCUGGAUUUGGCGGUACCGUCUUUCUGACUCAUGCCGAACCUUCAACGGUUUGCUCGGCCCUUCCUAUGUGUGGUACCAGAAGUAAGAGAAGCUAUGAGAGCACUCAAAGCUUGCAAAACUUAACGCCUUAUGCCCGUGAUACACAUGGAAAGGGAUCAGUUGGGGCUCAUGACAUUGUAAAGCGAAUGACGGAUGUCCUAGACAUGAUGAAGAGCAAUAGGAUCGGCAAGGUUGAGGACUUUCAAAGUUAG